AUGCCUCCAAGGAGAUCCAACCGAACAAAAUCCUCUGCACCUGCAAGCACGAUUCCAGCGAAAACCGAGGCGCGGUGGAAAAAUAUAUGUCUGUAUCUUCACCCCCGCGAACUGCUGAGUCUCUCCCGCACGUCGAAGCCCUUUCAUGCCUUCCUCAUGCGGAGAAGCUCCGCAUACCUCUGGAAGGGCUCGUUGAAGAAUGUGCAAGGUCUACCUCCAUGCCCGAAGGGCUGGAUUGAACCUUCGUGGGUGUCCCUCGUCUUCUCUCCGUAUUGUACGGAGUGCGGAGUAGGCAGAGCGACAACAGUCAUAUGGGAAUUUUUGGCCCGCUUUUGCGCAAGCUGCAGGAAAGAUAUGGUCGUUGCCAAAAACAGGGUAUACACAAUCCUGGGAUUUGAUUAUAUCCCUGCGGAUAUAUUGAUUGAGUCCACGGUCACCGGCUUCAGUGUGCCAUGCUAUCUACAGUCCCAAGUAUCCGAUGCGAUUGCCGCGUACGAGAAGUUGUCUUCGCCUAGGAGAUCGGACGAGCGCCGAGAAUUAUCCAACAAGCAUAUGCGGCAGGCGAAACUCUCCCGCGAAUUUGCAACAUUGUGCUACAAGUGGCAAGCCAACGACAACCGGAUACGAGCUCAAGAGUUCGAGGCUGUGAUAGAUGAACGCCUAGACGACGUUAUCUCAAGGUUGCGUGCGCUUGAAUGGGGCCCUGAGCUCGACUUCAUACAAUCUCGAGACUACGUUCCGCUCUCCGAGCACAAACUCGUGCGGGUCGCCAAGAAGCUCACCGAUCGAGUCUGGCAGAACAUGCAAAGCGAGAUCUUGGAAUGCAUGAAUGGCAUUCGCAAAGAGCGCGAGGAACAUGAGUACAAUCUCAUGAUGGCAGGGCGUUGGUCCGUCCUUCAAAACGCGGGGAGGGAGCUAUUGGACCGAUAUAUCGGCGAACAUCCGGAGCUGAUAACCUACGGACUGGACGUCGCCGACCUCGCUCUUUUCCAGGAGUUUCGCAAGAUAAUGUGCGUACCCGCAGACGAGUCCGUGAACCGAGCGGACUUUUUGGCUCUGGAGAGCCAAAUGGAUACCAUGGUCGAAAGAUGGCGGACGCACAUCUGCAAGCAACUCCGCGGAUCGUUCGUGACCUGCAAUAUCGAAACGCCCAGUUGGAAGAACCCGCUCGACCUUGCUACAACGGUGUUCGAACUCCCUAUCCGUGGAUUAGCUUCGUUUCCAUCUGUAGUUGCAAAUGUGGCCGUCCGAUUUCCUAUGCCGAGGUCCAGGAGGAGCGCAUAUGAGAAGUUUGUGUAUGGUCAAACAAGGGCAGACUCCACAAUUACGGGCCUCAAGAUCAAGCCCAUGAAACCAAAUGGUGUCAUGCGAGCGGUCAUACAGCUUUGUGGCAAGGAUCCAGACUGGGCAACCGCAGAGGACAUGGAUGCGUUAGACAAGAGGCUGAUCAACGAGGAUGUAGAUGAGGUUGUAACAUGGCGCGGUGCGAUCAUGGCGGCUACCACAGGCUGGUCGCAGAGAUGGCGAUUAGCCAACGCUGAGGAAACAGCCAAGGUGAAAGAAAUUGAAGCACGGUUGCUGGCGGUGAACGUCAAGGUAUGGACGUGCACGAGAUGCGAGGGACCACAGAUGCCAGCGUCCCGAGACGCAGUGCGGGAUCAUCUUUGUGAUGUACACGGGAUUGGACUGACAGACAUCGAGGAUGGAGAUAUUGAUAUGAAUCAGACCCUCGCGCAUACAGAACUGACGUGGCACCAUAUUAAACUCUACCAUCUGAGGGAAGAUCUACCGUGAUACUGAAGUCCGUAGGAAGUGCACGCUACUAGAAGUAUCAUGAUGUAUUACGCUGUAUUGCUUUAUCAUAUAUACACGGGACUCCGCAUAUGAGGUCCGUCGUACAGUGCUACUACUAUAAAAGACU